AUGGAGUCCCCGUUCUUUGACCGAGAGCCCAGGCCCCAGGCCGCAAGCUUUCGAGGGCGCCUGCAGCUGCAGGACUACAUGUUCAGUGCGGCGACGACGUCCGCGCCACCUGGCGGGGGAGCAGCCGGAACACCCGCGACAGCCGCAAGUCCAGGUCUCCCAUCCCCAUCCCCGACGCCGCUUCGCCGCAGUCCCCGGAAGUCAACCGCACUCGGGCCCGUCCCGUCUCCGAACCGCGUUAGCAAGCACCGCAACGCCUCCGGCAGGAACAACAGCAACAGCACCGCCGCCGCCACCGCCAUCAAAUCCGCGGCAUCAACGCCGGAGCCCUCCCAGAAGACGCCUCCGCCCCCGGCCUCCGGCGUCCUCUCGCCCAAACCCGAGCCCCCGGACUCGGACUCCAUUGACCUCGCCCUCGUCCCAGCAAACAUCACCCCGCCCGCCGGGAACGCCAAGCCGAAACGCAGGCGGAAAGCGGCAGGCUACGCCCCGCCCUCGACCUACGCCCACCUCCCGCACCUGACGGACAUCCUUGCCCCUGGCCUCCUAAUCCUCUUCGUGGGCCUGAACCCAGGCCUCCGCACCGCCGCCCUCGGCCACGCUUACGCCCACCCCUCCAACCUCUUCUGGAAGCUCCUCCACUCGUCGGGCAUCACCCCGCGCCUGUGCGCGCCCACCGAGGACCGCGAUCUGCCGCGGCUCUACGGCCUGGGGAAUACUAACAUCGUCGCCCGCCCGAGCCGCAACGGCGCGGAGCUGUCCAAGGCGGAGAUGGACGAGGGCGUGGAUGUGCUGGAGGACAAGGUCCGGGGGUGCCGGCCCGAGGUGGUCUGCAUCGUCGGCAAGGGCAUCUGGGAGAGCAUCUGGCGGGUGCGGCGGGGGAGGGGAAUCCGGAAGGAGGAGUUCCGGUACGGGUGGCAGGACGAGAGGGAGGACAUGGGUGUCGUCGUCGCAGCGAAAGGGGGAGAUGCGGCCGCCGACGGUGCGUCGCCGACGGCUUGGGCCGGGGCCAGGGUGUUUGUGGCGACGAGCACGAGCGGGCUGGCCGCUACGCUUCGUCUGGCGGAGAAGGAGAGGAUUUGGAGGGAGCUGGGGGAGUGGUGUGAGAGGAGGCGGGCUGAGAGAGGUGCAGAGGCGUCGUGA